AUAUCCAUAUCAUAUCUCAGACCAAACAAGAAGAAGAAGAAGAAACACAAGAGCGCGCUUUGUAACUGAAAUAUCUUCUGAGUUAACUCGAACGAGUCUCUUAUACGAUUCUCUUCUUUCGUUUCUUCCAUUAUCCGAACAAUUCGACGGUUAUUCUGAAGAUUGUUCGGAUCUCACAUUCUCUUCUUCACUUUCUACCUCAUGGCGUAUUCACUAAUUUCUUGAUUCAAUCACGUGCAUGUUAUCCCAGGUUUGAUCCACCAUGUCUUGUAAGUGGCGAAUGUCUUUAUUCAAUGGAACAAAGUUCAAUUUGGCGAUCUCUAUGUAUCAGAUAGGAUUGUUAUCAUGCGAUUUGCGCUGGGGAUUCUUAAUGGGUGACUUUAUGAUCAAAUCAGGACCAUUUCAAAUAGAUUUGAUUUGAAUUUAAUGGCAUUUGAAUCUGUGCGCUUUGUAAGUGUGUUAAAUCUGUGGUGUCUUUUCAUGCUAGCAUGAUCAUGGUGUUCGCAGUAUGUAGUCGUGAGUACUUUGAGUUGUAAUUUGUUUGAUCUGUUACUUGCUGUUAAUGAAUUUUGGAAUUUGUGUUAUUCUUGCAGAACUAAGUUUAUUCAGCUUCAGAUUUGUAAUGUUAUGCUCUGAGAAUUUUGAUAGAAUCUUCAUGAAUUUGCAGCUUUUGUGGUGUCACAUAAACCUCGCCUUGUGAUGGCCUUGAUGUAGGUGUCAGCUAGUGUCUGUCUCUGAUCUUGCUUUACUCCUUCAAUUCCUUUACUCCGGGAACUUUUCAUUUUCAUUAAUGAUCUUUGGGGUACUAAAGAUUGUUUUCAAACAAGUGCUCUUGGCUCUGGAGUUUGGCGACUUCUUGGGACGGAAGAAGCUUUAUUCCACGGCCACCUCUGUUGAUGUCUCGUAAAUCGGACAGCCCUGUCCAAACCCAAAUGGCUGUUGCUUUAUUUCGUAGUCCACUUGGUAGAGAGUACAUUGAGAAAAAGAGCAUGGGGGGGAGACAAUCUAGUGGGAGGAGAAGAGUUUUUGUGCAAACUGAAUCUGGGUGUGUAUUGGGCAUGGAAUUGGAUCGUAGUGACAAUGCUCAUACUGUGAAGAGGAGGUUGCAGAUUGCGCUUAAUGUCCCAACUGAAGAGAGCUCUCUAACUUUUGGGGAUGUUGUCUUGAACAAUGACCUUAGUUCUGUUCGGAAUGAUACUGCCCUUCUUCUUACGCGUAACCUUAUGCACAGAAGUUCAUCAACUCCAUGCUUGUCACCCACUGGACGAGAUAUGCAGCAAAAAGAUAAGAGUGGUCCUAUUGAGAUAGUAGGGCAAUCAAGUAGCCUGGAUGUUAUGAAGCAUAUGGUCAAGGACAUUGUGAAGGCAAUGCAGAUGGGGAUAGAUCCAAUUCCAGUAAAUAGUGGGCUUGGAGGUGCAUAUUACUUCCUGAACAAAAGAGGCGAGAGUGUUGCAAUAGUGAAACCAACAGAUGAGGAGCCUUUUGCCCCUAACAAUCCGAAAGGUUUUGUUGGCAAGGCUCUUGGACAACCAGGGUUGAAACGUUCAGUUCGGGUUGGGGAAACUGGCUUCAGGGAAGUUGCUGCUUAUCUACUUGACUAUGGUCAUUUUGCAAGAGUGCCUCCAACUGCCUUGGUGAAGAUUACUCACUCAAUAUUCAAUGUCAACGAUGGUGUCAAUGGGAAAAACAUCCAGAGUAAGAAGGUGGUUAGCAAGAUUGCAUCACUGCAGCAGUUCAUACCUCAUGAUUUUGAUGCAAGUGACUAUGGGACAUCUGGCUUCCCUGUUACUGCUGUGCAUCGUAUAGGGAUAUUAGACAUUAGGAUUCUUAACACGGAUAGGCAUGGUGGCAACUUGUUAGUUAGAAAAGUGGGGGCUUUUGGUGAGGUGGAUUUAAUUCCUAUUGAUCAUGGGCUUUGCCUUCCAGAAGCUUUGGAGGACCCAUACUUUGAGUGGAUUCAUUGGCCUCAGGCUUCAAUUCCAUUCUCCGAGGAUGAGCUUUCUUACAUCGAAAAUCUGGAUCCUGCUCAAGAUUGUGAGAUGUUGCGGAAGGAACUGCCUAUGAUUCGGGAGGCUUGCUUGAGAGUCUUAGUACUCUGCACCAUUUUCCUGAAGGAGGCUGCUGCUUAUGGUCUGUGCCUUGCCGAAAUUGGUGAGAUGAUGACUAGGGAGUUCCGCAGUGGUGAGGAGGAACCCAGUGAGCUGGAGGUUGUUUGUUUAGAAGCAAGGAAUAUGUUGGCAGAGAGGGAAGAACUAUCUCCACAUACUGACUUGAGGGAUGAUGAAUUCCUGUUUGAUAUAGACUGUGAUCUAGCUGGGUCGGAUCUCACUCUGAAGAUGACAAUGGACGAUCCUCUAACCAGAUCACUUUCUCUUCCUGGACUUGGAAGCGGGAAUGGUCGCAACCCAUUCUCCAAAUUGUAUGAGAGCAUUGAGGAGGAAGAAGAAGAAGGUGAUGGAGAAUCUCCCGAGGGUUUUGGCCCUUUUCCCUGUUACGAAAAAACCCCAGUGGUUUCCAAACUUUCUGUGUCACUUAAAAACAUCAUGUUAAGUGAGACAAGCCAGAAAUACCAGAAGCAUUCAGGUGGAAAAGCAGAUAAUGGAUGUUAUGGGAAUACAUCAUCAUCUGGUCAUAAGAGUGCCAAUGAGCAGCUUUCUGCAAGCUCAAGCUUUGUGAAGCUGGCUGAUAUGACUGAAGAUGCAUGGACAAUGUUUCUGGAGAAGUUUCAAGAACUGCUGUACCCGGCAUUUGCCAAGAGGAAAUCCAUAACUAUAGGUCAGAAACAGAUACAGAGGCUUGGUACCUCGUGCCAGUUUUGAAGAUGAGCAAUACUUUGGUAAGAUAGUGGACUAAAAGAAGCAAGAAUAAAGGUUUAUAACAGGUUGUUAUUAGGGUUGUUAAUAGGUUGUUGUUAAGAUAGUUCUGGUUUACUAGCUUUGAACAAGUGCUGCCGUAAGAAUUGCUGUAAAUAGGCUUUUGGUAUCAGCUAAGAGUAGAAUUUGGUUGUAUUUUGAUUUCAUUUUUUUAAUCUUUUUCUUCCAUAUGGCUUGUCUGAUAAAUAACUUGUAGGACAAAAUCUUUAAAUGAAAUGAAAUGAAACUUAUGUAUAUACUGAAA